AACAGGAUGUGGUUGGAAAUCAUUUUAAUUGUGUAUGGACUAGUCUGGUGCAUUCAAAGGGCCAUGACGAAGAUGGAGAUAAUUCGAUCUAUGUUUCAUUUGUAUAAAGACCGACAGGAUGAAGUCUACUGUUCACCGCAGGUGGAUUCAGCUCAGCUACAAGACACUGUCGCCAACUUAUCCAAUCAUGUGUUGGAAAUGAGGCAACAGCUCAAAUCUGCGCAGCAUACCAUAGAGAUCCUUCAGGCCAGAAUAUCAGCAGUUGCAGCAGCUACUGUGCCACCAGUUGAUCUUGAAGACCUGCAUCCUCUUACAGAAGGAACGCCAUCUACAGAUGAGUCACUCCUUCUCUCCGAAGAAGAUUGGGAAAAAACUCCUUUGAAAGAAGACAAUCUACCUGCGCAGCAGGGACACUCUACGAAGGUCGUAACCCUUCCGCUUAGGCCACAAAAAGUUCUCCCGAAGCGACCGCAGGUCCAGUCAGAACACGUGCAACAAAAGCGAGCGCGCGAGGCUCUUAUCAAGCUUGAAUUCCCGGUCAAAACGUUAUCAGUCCCUUUUGCCGCGCGACAUGCAUUGCAGUUGCACGAUCACUGGCAACCAAAUGGAUACGGCCAUAAUGAAGACUCUAUCCGAAUACAAUGUAGGCAUAACAAUCCUUUGCGAAAGCAGAACAUCACGGCUCAGACGGUUGCUCAGCUGAUACGUAAUGGGUUUGCCUUCCAUGUUCGCUUUUAUGCUCCACUGAAAGUCGAGUCUGACCGAUACGGCAUGCUGGAGCGCGACAUCAACGAGUGCUUUCAGCUCAAACUUCUUCGUUGGGUCCCGAUCGACGAUCCGCACUACAACGUUCUCCGCGAGGCAGCUAAAAUUUGAGACGCAGUUCUCUCAUAAUUCAAGGACGCAGUCCUUUCCUGUUAUCUUUUCCAAUUACCAUCCGAGGGGGUGUCUGAAUCGCAGCGAGUGUGGACACUGCGUUCUACAUAAGGCUGGUAGGAAAAGAGUGAUGAUGUUGAAACAUCUGAACACUGAGAGAGUCGCAGAACUCAACAUGAGGUGAAAGCAGCGUAGCUGCGGAGCGAUGGAGAAAUGCAAGUGGGAGUGAGUUACCCAGGAGGGAAGCAAAGCGGCUGAGCGCCAGCAGCUGAAAGUACAAGAGAGGAGAAACCAAGCUGAGGAUGAAAGAUGAGUCAUCAGAUAGCGCUUCUUCUGAAUAAUUACUGAACCAUCACUAUUAAUGAUUCAUGAUCCUAUCACGCUGUAGCUUGGUGGGGAUGCUAUUCACUGGGGUAAGGUGCAUGCAUUUAUUUGAUGGUAAGGUAUGUGAACAAACAUGGCAUCGACCGAACAGCAACGAUGAUGAACCUUUUGCUUGUUCUCUUCUUCAAGGUGUUGGUAUUGGGAGCAGAGACUCCACUUGCCGCAGGCAAGGGUUAUUGGCAAGUCAACAGAAAGCGAGCAUGGCUUUCUGCGAGGAGUUGGUAUUGGCCUGUCCCCAGGCCUGUGUUCGCCCGUGCUUCGCUAAGAGAUCACUCACCUAGCUGGAGAUCCUCCGAGGGAGAUCAAGAGUUGAGUGGUAGUAGGUCUUGUUGUAGUACGAAGGUCUCUCGAUCUCUCACAGUUGCAUGCUUUGGCUUUUUUCUUAUUUGCGACGAAAAACGUCGCGGCGUGCCAGAAGGCGUGGCGCAAAAUUUUAUCGAAACGCCGCCACAUGAAGACCAGCGAGGCCUUUUGUUUGUGGCCAAUCUUUUGGAAGAAUAUAAGGAGCCGGAGCCGAUAAAAAUGGAGAGCCGGGAAAACCUUGCGGCGAUUUUUGUCGGAAACGUUGCGGCCGCCUUUUUAAUAUUUAGAAAAAGAAAAACGAAAAAGAAAAAGACCGCCGCAACGCGUUCCCAAAUAUUCCCCAAAUAUUUUCAAACAUUCACAAAGUGCCCCCGUACUCUUUGACAUUCACAAAAAGAAGACGAAAACGAGCAAGGUCGCCGCAACGUCUCCGACAAAAAUCGCCGCAAGGGUUUCCCGGGUCUCCUUAUCAGUUUCGCUUCGUCAUAUUCUUCCAAAAGAUUGGCCACACGCGGGAGGCCUCGCCGGUCUCCACGUGGCGGCUUUUCGAUAAAACCGCGCGCGCCUCCAUCUGCUUCCGCUUCUUUCAUUUCGCGAGAUACGCGAGCGAGGUCGUCGCCGUCUGGCUGUUUCACGCUGGUCGCCUUGUGUUCCCCUGGCUUGGCUCGUCUUUGCUCCAGUUUGGUCGGUCUGUGUUCUUCGGGCCUGGCUGCUCUUGUGUUCUAGGUCUUCUCAUGUGCUCCCCUCGUGUGCUCCUGCCGUGUGUCUAAUCUCUGUGCCGUGGCGCGUCGUCCCUAUGGCGGCAGUAGGCCGCCCGGGACGAGGGGGCAGAGGGUUGCCUUUCUGGGCUGUUCGCGCUGGAUUAUGCAGCGCCCAUCAGCGCCUACCAGCGCAGCGUGGCGCGCCGUCCCUCUGGCGGCCGUAAGCCGCCAGGGACGAGGGGGCAGAGGGUUGCCUUGCUGGGCUGUUCGCGCUGGAUUAUGCGGCGCACACCGCGCGCCCAUCCGCGCCCACCGGCGCGGCGUGGCGCGUCGUCCCUCUGGCGGCCGUAGGCCGCCAGGGACGAGGGGGCAGAGGGUUGCCUUGCUGGGCUGUUCGCGCUGGAUUAUGCGGCGCACACCACGCGCCCACCAGCGCCCACCAGCGCAGCGUGGCGCGUCGUCCCUCUGGCGGCCGUAGGCCGCCAGGGACGAGGGGGCAGAGGGUUGCCUUGCUGGGCUGUUCGCGCUGGAUUAUGCGGCGCACACCACGCGCCCACCAGCGCCCACCAGCGCAGCGUGGCGCGUCGUCCCUCUGGCGGCCGUAGGCCGCCAGGGACGAGGGGGCAGAGGGUUGCCUUGCUGGGCUGUUCGCGCUGGAUUAUGCGGCGCACACCACGCGCCCACCAGCGCCCACCAGCGCAGCGUGGCGCGUCGUCCCUCUGGCGGCCGUAGGCCGCCAGGGACGAGGGGGCAGAGGGUUGCCUUGCUGGGCUGUUCGCGCUGGAUUAUGCGGCGCACACCACGCGCCCACCAGCGCCCACCAGCGCAGCGUGGCGCGUCGUCCCUCUGGCGGCCGUAGGCCGCCAGGGACGAGGGGGCAGAGGGUUGCCUUGCUGGGCUGUUCGCGCUGGAUUAUGCGGCGCACACCACGCGCCCACCAGCGCCCACCAGCGCAGCGUGGCGCGUCGUCCCUCUGGCGGCCGUAGGCCGCCAGGGACGAGGGGGCAGAGGGUUGCCUUGCUGGGCUGUUCGCGCUGGAUUAUGCGGCGCACACCACGCGCCCACCAGCGCCCACCAGCGCAGCGUGGCGCGUCGUCCCUCUGGCGGCCGUAGGCCGCCAGGGACGAGGGGGCAGAGGGUUGCCUUGCUGGGCUGUUCGCGCUGGAUUAUGCGGCGCAGACCACGCGCCCACCAGCGCCCACCAGCGCAGCGUGGCGCGUCGUCCCUCUGGCGGCCGUAGGCCGCCAGGGACGAGGGGGCAGAGGGUUGCCUUGCUGGGCUGUUCGCGCUGGAUUAUGCGGCGCACACCACGCGCCCACCAGCGCCCACCAGCGCAGCGUGGCGCGUCGUCCCUCUGGCGGCCGUAGGCCGCCAGGGACGAGGGGGCAGAGGGUUGCCUUGCUGGGCUGUUCGCGCUGGAUUAUGCGGCGCACACCACGCGCCCACCAGCGCCCACCAGCGCAGCGUGGCGCGUCGUCCCUCUGGCGGCCGUAGGCCGCCAGGGACGAGGGGGCAGAGGGUUGCCUUGCUGGGCUGUUCGCGCUGGAUUAUGCGGCGCACACCACGCGCCCACCAGCGCCCACCAGCGCAGCGUGGCGCGUCGUCCCUCUGGCGGCCGUAGGCCGCCAGGGACGAGGGGGCAGAGGGUUGCCUUGCUGGGCUGUUCGCGCUGGAUUAUGCGGCGCACACCACGCGCCCACCAGCGCCCACCAGCGCAGCGUGGCGCGUCGUCCCUCUGGCGGCCGUAGGCCGCCAGGGACGAGGGGGCAGAGGGUUGCCUUGCUGGGCUGUUCGCGCUGGAUUAUGCGGCGCACACCACGCGCCCACCAGCGCCCCGCGGCGCGUCGUCUCUCUGGCGGCUUACGGCCGCCAGGGACGAGGGGGCAGAGGGUUGCCUUGCUGGGCUGUUCGCGCUGGAUUAUGCGGCGCACACCACGCGCCCACCAGCGCCCACCAGCGCAGCGUGGCGCGUCGUCCCUCUGGCGGCCGUAGGCCGCCAGGGACGAGGGGGCAGAGGGUUGCCUUGCUGGGCUGUUCGCGCUGGAUUAUGCGGCGCACACCACGCGCCCACCAGCGCCCACCAGCGCAGCGUGGCGCGUCGUCCCUCUGGCGGCCGUAGGCCGCCAGGGACGAGGGGGCAGAGGGUUGCCUUGCUGGGCUGUUCGCGCUGGAUUAUGCGGCGCACACCACGCGCCCACCAGCGCCGCGUGGCGCGUCGUCCCUCUGGCGGCCGUAGGCCGCCAGGGACGAGGGGGCAGAGGGUUGCCUUGCUGGGCUGUUCGCGCUGGAUUAUGCGGCGCACACCACGCGCCCACCAGCGCCCACCAGCGCAGCGUGGCGCGUCGUCCCUCUGGCGGCCGUAGGCCGCCAGGGACGAGGGGGCAGAGGGUUGCCUUGCUGGGCUGUUCGCGCUGGAUUAUGCGGCGCACACCACGCGCCCACCAGCGCCCACCAGCGCAGCGUGGCGCGUCGUCCCUCUGGCGGCCGUAGGCCGCCAGGGACGAGGGGGCAGAGGGUUGCCUUGCUGGGCUGUUCGCGCUGGAUUAUGCGGCGCACACCACGCGCCCACCAGCGCCCACCAGCGCAGCGUGGCGCGUCGUCCCUCUGGCGGCCGUAGGCCGCCAGGGACGAGGGGGCAGAGGGUUGCCUUGCUGGGCUGUUCGCGCUGGAUUAUGCGGCGCACACCACGCGCCCACCAGCGCCCACCAGCGCAGCGUGGCGCGUCGUCCCUCUGGCGGCCGUAGGCCGCCAGGGACGAGGGGGCAGAGGGUUGCCUUGCUGGGCUGUUCGCGCUGGAUUAUGCGGCGCACACCACGCGCCCACCAGCGCCCACCAGCGCAGCGUGGCGCGUCGUCCCUCUGGCGGCCGUAGGCCGCCAGGGACGAGGGGGCAGAGGGUUGCCUUGCUGGGCUGUUCGCGCUGGAUUAUGCGGCGCACACCACGCGCCCACCAGCGCCCACCAGCGCAGCGUGGCGCGUCGUCCCUCUGGCGGCCGUAGGCCGCCAGGGACGAGGGGGCAGAGGGUUGCCUUGCUGGGCUGUUCGCGCUGGAUUAUGCGGCGCACACCACGCGCCCACCAGCGCCCACCAGCGCAGCGUGGCGCGUCGUCCCUCUGGCGGCCGUAGGCCGCCAGGGACGAGGGGGCAGAGGGUUGCCUUGCUGGGCUGUUCGCGCUGGAUUAUGCGGCGCACACCACGCGCCCACCAGCGCCCACCAGCGCAGCGUGGCGCGUCGUCCCUCUGGCGGCCGUAGGCCGCCAGGGACGAGGGGGCAGAGGGUUGCCUUGCUGGGCUGUUCGCGCUGGAUUAUGCGGCGCACACCACGCGCCCACCAGCGCCCACCAGCGCAGCGUGGCGCGUCGUCCCUCUGGCGGCCGUAGGCCGCCAGGGACGAGGGGGCAGAGGGUUGCCUUGCUGGGCUGUUCGCGCUGGAUUAUGCGGCGCACACCACGCGCCCACCAGCGCCCACCAGCGCAGCGUGGCGCGUCGUCCCUCUGGCGGCCGUAGGCCGCCAGGGACGAGGGGGCAGAGGGUUGCCUUGCUGGGCUGUUCGCGCUGGAUUAUGCGGCGCACACCACGCGCCCACCAGCGCCCACCAGCGCAGCGUGGCGCGUCGUCCCUCUGGCGGCCGUAGGCCGCCAGGGACGAGGGGGCAGAGGGUUGCCUUGCUGGGCUGUUCGCGCUGGAUUAUGCGGCGCACACCACGCGCCCACCAGCGCCCACCAGCGCAGCGUGGCGCGUCGUCCCUCUGGCGGCCGUAGGCCGCCAGGGACGAGGGGGCAAUGCGUGACCAUCUCGCCCCCCGCCCCCCUUGUACAAGGUUAAACGUUUGCGCGACUGUCUACCUAAAUAACGAGCCUGCGGCGAAGAGUGCGCCCCCGGACUGUGCCCAACCAUGUAACCUUGUACAAGGGGGGCGCGGGGUACAAGGGGGGCGGGGGAAUGCUCCAGACAGACGGCCGCGAAACUGAAGGGGUAGCCCAUGCCCCAUCGUCCCUGGCGGCCUUCGGCCGCCAGCGGGACGAUGCGCCAGACAGGGCGCCGGCCUUCCCAAGCUUCUGCGGUCUUCCCGGGGGAUGUUCUCGGUUGAAGUUAUCUCCUUGGCUUUCUUCGUGUGCGUGUGCUACCUAUACCGGGCGCACUUCUGAGAGCUACAGGCGCACAGGUUUAGCCUUUCCCGUUAAUGGUGUCCCAGACUCUUAAAAAGGAGGGCGAGCCCGUGUCCGAUGGUGUCGCCUGUCGUCUCAUUCGGUUUGUAUCGGUAGCCGGAGGGAUUGCAGAGGAGACGGGCACGCCGAGCGAGCGGCGAAACCGAUAAGGGAAUGGCGGAAGCAUCUGAACAGAGCCCGGAAAGACGGAGGCGAAACCGAUAAGGAAAGGGGAAAAGGAGAGAGACGAGCUGGCCCCGCGAUCUAGGGACUGGCGUGCCAAACUGUGCAGAAAAGUGGCAAAAUAUCGAAAACGGCCCAGAGGUACCACUGUCCCUUAGCGGUUUCGCUUAGGAGUUUCGCGAGGUUUGGGCUUGGUUAGUUUUGGGCUUGGUUCAAGGGUGGCCGGGGUUUGUCUCCUGUUUGGUUUCAGUGUGGUCGCGGGUUUGGGUCGCCUUGCUCAGCUUUUUGCGUUGGGUUUGCUUUGUACAUAGCCCGAGGCCACCCAAAAGUGCCGCACUGUAGAAAAUUCCUCAGCCUGGUCCUUCUGGUCUUGGGUUUUUUCCUGCUCAUGACGGGGACAGAUUCCCAAGCCCUGGACCAUUUUCAUCUCGAAGCGUCGCAGCUUUGCCUUUUGCUAGUGACGGCCGGGAAAAAUUUUGCACAAUUUGGUAACUUUUGGACAGCUUUGCAGUAUUGCACUCGCAGCCUGUCAAAAUUUUUUGGUCUUGCUUAAAAAAGCAACAACUUUCAUUAUUCUGCGUCUUUUUUGGAACGGUCUCCACAAUAAAAAAAAUAAAACAAAAGCAAUGGCCACUCGUUUAAUUUUUUUUCUCUGAGCGCCUUUUCACAUCAAAAAAAUAUUGAAGAAUGGAACCAAAAGAAUCUACAUGCUGUAAGUCCUCGCGAAGCUCUUAAUCGAAACCGUUAUAAGGGACAGCGGCACUUCUGGGCCGUUUUCGAUAUUUCGCCACUUUUCUGCACAGUUUGGCGCGGCGGUGCCUAUAUUGCGGGCCCAGUUCGUCUCCCUCCUUUCCCCGUUUCCUUAUCGGCUUCGCCUCCGUCUUUCUGGGCUCUGUUUAGAUGCUUCCGCCGUUCCCUUAUCGGUUUCGUCGCUCGCUCGGCGUGCCCAUCUCCUCUGCAAUCGCUCCGGCUACCGAUAAAAACCGAACGAGACGACAGGAGACACCAUCGGGCACGGGCUAGCCUUCCCUCGCGAAACUCUUAAGCGAAACCGCUAAGGGGCAGUGGUACCCCUGGGCCGUUUUCGAUAUUUUGCCACUUUUCUUCACAGUUUGGCGCGCCAGUGCGGGUCGCUAGAUCGCGAGGCCAGUCCGUCUCUCUCCUCUUCCCGUUUCCUUAUCGGUUUCGCCUCUGUCUUUCCGGGCUCUGUUCAGAUGCUUCCGCCGUUCUCUUAUCGGUUUCGCCGCUCGCUCGGCGUACCCGACUCCUCUGCAAUCCCUCCGGCUACCGAUACGAACCGAAUGAGACGACAGGCGACACCGUGAAGCAUGGGCUCGCCCUCCUUUUUAAGAGUCCGGAGCAUCAUCACAGGCAAAGGCCGACCCUGUGCGCCUGUAGCUCUCAGAAGUGCGCCCGGUAUAGGUAGCACACGCACACGAAGAGAGCCAAGAGGAUAACUCCAAUCGCGGACGUCUUUCGGUAAGACCGCAGAAGCUUGGCAAGGCGCCCCGUCUGGCGCAUCGGCCGCCAGCGGGGCGAUAGGGCAUGCCUUAGCUCUUCAGUUACACGGGCGACAGUUUGUCUGACGCGUCCCCCCGCCUCCCGUUGUACCCCGCGCCCCCCGCCCCCCUUGUACAAGGUUACAUGGUUGGGCACAGUCCGGAGGCGCACUUUUCGGCGCAGACUCGUUAUAGGGAUUCACAGUCGCGCAAACAUUUAACCUCGUACAAGGGGGGCGGGGGGCGAGAUGGUCACGCAUUGCCCCCUCGUCCCUGGCGUAGGCCGCCAGAGGGACGACGCGCCACGCUGCGCUGGUGGGCGCUGAUGGGCGCGUGGUGUGCGCCGCAUAAUCCAGCGCGAACAGCCCAGCAAGGCAAGCCUCUGCCCCCUCAUCCCUGGCGGCCUACGGCCGCCAGAGGGACGACGCGCCACGCUGCGCUGGUGGGCGCUGGUGGGCGCGUGGUGUGCGCCGCAUAAUCCAGCGCGAACAGCCCAGCAAGGCAACCCUCUGCCCCCUCGUCCCUGGCGGCCUACGGCCGCCAGAGGGACGACGCGCCACGCUGCGCUGGUGGGCGCUGGUGGGCGCGUGGUGUGCGCCGCAUAAUCCAGCGCGAACAGCCCAGCAAGGCAACCCUCUGCCCCCUCGUCCCUGGCGGCCUACGGCCGCCAGAGGGACGACGCGCCACGCUGCGCUGGUGGGCGCUGGUGGGCGCGUGGUGUGCGCCGCAUAAUCCAGCGCGAACAGCCCAGCAAGGCAACCCUCUGCCCCCUCGUCCCUGGCGGCCUACGGCCGCCAGAGGGACGACGCGCCACGCUGCGCUGGUGGGCGCUGGUGGGCGCGUGGUGUGCGCCGCAUAAUCCAGCGCGAACAGCCCAGCAAGGCAACCCUCUGCCCCCUCGUCCCUGGCGGCCUACGGCCGCCAGAGGGACGACGCGCCACGCUGCGCUGGUGGGCGCUGGUGGGCGCGUGGUGUGCGCCGCAUAAUCCAGCGCGAACAGCCCAGCAAGGCAACCCUCUGCCCCCUCGUCCCUGGCGGCCUACGGCCGCCAGAGGGACGACGCGCCACGCUGCGCUGGUGGGCGCUGGUGGGCGCGUGGUGUGCGCCGCAUAAUCCAGCGCGAACAGCCCAGCAAGGCAACCCUCUGCCCCCUCGUCCCUGGCGGCCUACGGCCGCCAGAGGGACGACGCGCCACGCUGCGCUGGUGGGCGCUGGUGGGCGCGUGGUGUGCGCCGCAUAAUCCAGCGCGAACAGCCCAGCAAGGCAACCCUCUGCCCCCUCGUCCCUGGCGGCCUACGGCCGCCAGAGGGACGACGCGCCACGCUGCGCUGGUGGGCGCUGGUGGGCGCGUGGUGUGCGCCGCAUAAUCCAGCGCGAACAGCCCAGCAAGGCAACCCUCUGCCCCCUCGUCCCUGGCGGCCUACGGCCGCCAGAGGGACGACGCGCCACGCUGCGCUGGUGGGCGCUGGUGGGCGCGUGGUGUGCGCCGCAUAAUCCAGCGCGAACAGCCCAGCAAGGCAACCCUCUGCCCCCUCGUCCCUGGCGGCCUACGGCCGCCAGAGGGACGACGCGCCACGCUGCGCUGGUGGGCGCUGGUGGGCGCGUGGUGUGCGCCGCAUAAUCCAGCGCGAACAGCCCAGCAAGGCAACCCUCUGCCCCCUCGUCCCUGGCGGCCUACGGCCGCCAGAGGGACGACGCGCCACGCUGCGCUGGUGGGCGCGUGGUGUGCGCCACAUAAUCCAGCGCGAACAGCCCAGCAAGGCAACCCUCUGCCCCCUCGUACCUGGCGGCCUACGGCCGCCAGAGGGACGACGCGCCAUCUUCUUCCUCCUCGCGUGCUGCGUGUGGAAAUAUGACAUCCUUUCCGGCGAUCACAUGCGCGCCAGUUUCUGACACGAGCAGAGGUAAGCCGGAUAGCCUGCGAGAGACCCUUUUGCCGCCUCGUGAAACGACCAACGCAAAAGCAUCUUCUGCUCCUGCUAAGAUUGGUGGAGAACUCUUGAACAAACUAAGUGCUGGCCUGCAAGGAGUAGCACACGGCAACUUUCUUCGACGUGGAUCUUCUGCUUCGUCGAGCUCAGCAUCCAUUUCGGCAAAUCGGGAGGAGCAAUUGGAUGCGCGUUUAACGAGUGCGAGCAGCUCGUCGUCGAGUACUGCAACAGCUGGGAAAGCAGGUUCGUCCUUUACUCGCGUGCAUUCGACAACCAUUACGAGCGUAGAGCAACAACCUUGAAAUGGCCAGCCGUGGAACGCAGUCAAGAAUGUAUCCCGAGGCACAUGCGGCAGCGACAACGAGCAGGGGCGACUGAUUGACUCUGACGAAGACGGACUGCACUGGGUCGCGAGCGACCGACGAAGAUGAGGGCUUUUAGGCGCUAGCUUUUCUUUGGUUCUAUCUGAUUGCGCGUUCUUUGCUAACCUAAUGAGCGUGAGACUUUUUCUGUUCGUUUCUACUAAGUGGUAAGCCUGUGCUUCGCGUGCGUUAGUUUUUCUUCUGCCUGCUAAACUUCACCUAAGUUUCUUCUGCUUUGUUCGCCAUCCGUGACUACGGUUCUUUGGGCAGUAUGGCUCUUUUUUCUCAUUCGCUCCUCUGCUUUAUCCACGCAAUAGAGUGCUAAGCUUCAGCGUGUGCGACUUUGUCGUUUUCUGGCGGAGGUGUUGCUGCUGCUUUUCACGAACAGACUCCUGCUACGAGAUGAGCCCUUGACUAUAACCAAGAUGCGAGAUGUUUCGCACCUCACAGAUUCACUUUUAUCGACUCCUUGGACCUUGCUUUUUUAUUCCCCAAGGGAAGAGACGGCUGUUAUAUGCUGCAGUGCACUUCUAAAAACUUG